AAUCACGCCAAUCCACCGCUCUCAACUCUUUAUCUCUCUCUCUCUCUUUUUCUCUCUCCACUGCCCGAACCGAAGCAACCAAUGUCGGCGCCGUGGCCGUGGGUGAUCCUGGGCCGCGUCCCCCGCCUUGUCCCCGGCGACGCGGAGGCAGAGGCGUGGCACGCUGCCGCCGACUUCUCCAUCCCGGUCGCGCUGCCGCCACGGAUCACCGUCCUCACCGCGGCCCCAAGCGUCCACCCCGACCCCAACUAUCCCGAUAAGUACCCCUACAUCGUCGCCACCGGCCCCUCCUGCCUCCUCUUCAACUUCGCCGUCGAGCCCUUCUACGGCGUGAACUCCUCCGUCGACCCCCACGAGAGCUACCUCAUCCUGGCGCGGCGGUUCCACCCGGCAGGGGUCCAGCAGGGCCACGCGGCCACGGCCACCGCCGAACGCAUCCCCAUGCGCCACGGCCGCAUGCCCAUCAUCUACAACAUCGAGAGCAUCGGCCUCGUCUCCUCCUAUGACGGCGACUACACAAUCGCCGAGUUCUUGCUUGACAAGGGUAGCGAGCGUGCCAAGCUCCUCCGCUUUCGCAAGGGCGACGAAUGGUGGACCGAGGACAACCUGAUCUACCCCUUGUCCGCCCAGGACCGGGAGUGGGUCCCCACCGGCGUGGUCGCCCAGGACAAGAAGCUCUGGUGGUUCGACCUCUCGUGGGGGCUCCUCAGCUGCGAUCCCUUCGUUGCUGACCCGGUGCUGCUCUUCCACAACCUCCCGGAGGGCCGCGCUCUCAACAUGACCCGGCCUGACAUCCACACCCAUCGCUGCAUCACGGUGAGCCGCCGCAAGCUGCGGUACGUGGAGAUCAUUAUCCCUGAGGACUGCAACGGCUGCCACGACAGCGAAGCAGCGACGGUGUCCAUGUGGACGCGGAUCCCCGCUCCUGGCGGCAAGACGGCUAGGUGGGACAAAGCGUACGAGAUAAGCUUCGCGAAGAUCUGGAAGGAUGACAGCUACAAGGCGACGGGGCUUCCAGAGAAGGUCCCUUUACUCGCGGUCGUGUGCCCAUCGAACCCAGAUGUUGUCUACUUCGACCUGGAGCAGCACCUCUUCGGUGUCAUCGUGCCCGCGCAUAAAGUCGUGAAGUUCGUCAAAGAUUCAUAUGAGCUUGUGAACAUGCCAUGGCCGAUUCGGGCCUCCAGCCGCUACAUCAGCGCUUGGUUCCUGCCACAUUCAGUUGCCAUGGAUCUUAAUUUGGUGGGCAUCAAGCCUUCAUCAUCUUCACCUCUGAACGUGAGGCAGCUGACAAUGCAACAGAAAGACGCACCCAAUGCGGUCCAGGCAGUGGAAACGGACGACGAGGACCUGCUCAAACUGGGCAUGGAAGUGGCCAUGACGAUGGAUCCCGCGACCUUAAAAUCAGAGGUGGACAAGUUCUUUAGUGUCGAGGACCACCCGAGCCCAGAGAGGCAGGUGACGGUGCAAAAGAGCGAGCCUUUUGACUUUCGGCUCACCGAGGAGGAGGCCUGGGCGGACGUGUUGGCGAUUCGCCAACUUAAAAAGCAUCGUCAAGACAACUGAAAGAAGGGAUAUGAAGCAAAGUUUAUGGCUAACUUUGUCCUAGGAGUGCUUGUUUCUGUUUUGGUUAGCAGCAUUCUGUACUACCUUCCGUCUAGUUGAAAACUUCACCUUCUUUGUGCACGUCAUGAAGGGCAAACUUAUGUGCUGUUGAAUGAUUUGACAAAGAUAGGGGUAUGCGUAGAAUGAGAUAUAGAACAAGUUUACUCUUGGUCUCAGACAAAAAAUUGCUCCAAGAUUUAGAUUCCUUUUUUCAAUUUAGGUCUUAAACAGAAAUAGCUCCA